AUGGCACGAACUAAGCAAAGCGGUUCAAAACCUGUCAAAGCUUCAAAAACACCACAUAAAAGGCUUGCAAAAAGACCAGCUAAAAAAGUAAGUGCCACCACAUCAACGUAUUCAGAAAUAAAACCAAAAGGAAAAGAAAAAGUCAGCAAAUUAAAUAAGAAAAAAGAAAGAAAAAGUGAAUCUGAAGAAGAGGAAUUGCCUUCUGAUUUCAGUGAAAGCAAUGAAGGCUCCGACCAAGAUUAA